UGUGUGUCUGUGCCGGAGUGUGAGGGAAGGGAGACGGACGCGGACCCGCGGCGGCAGUAGCAACUACAGCAGCAGCGGCGAGAUGGCGACCAGGCAGCAGGUGUACGACGGCCGGGCGGCCAAGCGGCAGAGGACCGAGAACGAUGGCAGCCGAGUAAGGGCGGAGCAACAGGAUGGCAGCUAUCUUGAAGAUCCUCAUAAACCGUCUCCAUCCCCUGUGGUACAUGUCAGAGGCCUGUCUGAUGGAGUAAUGGAGGCAGACCUUGUCGAGGCACUGCAGGAGUUUGGUGCCAUCAGCUAUGUGGUGAUGAUGCCAAAGAAGCGACAAGCAUUGGUGGAAUUUGAGGAGCUGAAUGGUGCGUGUGCCUGUGUGAAUUUUGCCGUUGAAAGUCAGAUCUACGUGGGUGCGCAGCCUGCUUUUGUUAACUAUUCUACCAGCCAGAAAAUCUCCAGGCCCGGUGACUCAGAUGAUUCCAGAAACGUAAACAACAUACUGCUCUUCACAGUGAUGAACCCCAUCUACCCAAUUACAACGGAUGUGUUAUACACAAUUUGCAAUCCUUGUGGACCCGUGCAAAGAAUUGUCAUAUUCAGAAAGAAUGGUGUGCAGGCAAUGGUGGAAUUUGACUCUGUGCAGAGUGCUCAGAGAGCAAAAGCAUCUCUCAAUGGAGCAGACAUUUAUUCUGGAUGUUGUACCUUGAAGAUUGAGUAUGCAAAACCUACUCGUUUGAACGUCUUCAAAAAUGAUCAGGAUACAUGGGACUAUACAAAUCCUAAUUUGGGAGGACAAGGAGAUCCCAACAAGAGGCAACGUCAACCCGCAUUGCUUGGAGACCAUCCUUCUGAGUACGGAGCCCCACAAGGAGGAUAUAGUCACUAUCCAGAUGAUGACUAUGGUCCACCGGCCCAUUAUGAGCGCCGUCGGAUGGGAGGUCCCCCUCCUGUGGGUGGUCCUCACCGGGGCCCACCCAGCCAACGCUAUGGCCCUCAGUACGGCCCUCCACCACCCCCACCACCACCAGAGUAUGGGCCGCAAGCUGAAAGCCCAGUGCUGAUGGUCUAUGGAUUGGAGCCUUCCAGGAUGAAUUGUGACCGGGUAUUCAACAUCUUCUGCUUGUACGGAAACGUGGAGAAGGUGAAAUUUAUGAAGAGCAAGCCUGGAGCUGCCAUGGUAGAGAUGGGAGAUGGAUUUGCUGUGGAUCGUGCCAUCAACCAUUUGAAUAACACCUACAUGUUUGACCAGAAACUAAACGUGUGUGUAUCCAAACAGCAGGCUAUAAUGGCUGGUCAGUCGUAUGAACUUGAAGAUGGCUCUUGCAGUUUUAAGGAUUUCUCUGGCUCGAGGAACAAUCGCUUCACCACCCCGGAGCAAGCGAGCAAGAACCGAAUCCAGCACCCAAGCAAUGUCUUGCAUUAUUUCAAUGCCCCUCCAGAGGUGACAGAAGAUGCUUUCUGUGAGGUGUGUGAUGAGCUGUGUUUGAAGAGACCAUCGGCUUUCAAGUUAUUUUCUGGAAAGAGUGAGAGGAGUUCCUCUGGCCUGAUUGAGUGGGACACUAAGAACGAUGCCAUGGAAUCACUGUCCCUGCUGAAUCACUAUCAAAUGAAGAACCCAAGUGGUCCAUAUCCCUACACUCUGAAACUCUGUUUCUCCACGGUACAGCAUGCAGCGUAAAGACCAGCUCAGCGAUGGACUGCCAGCCAUUCUCUAUAAUCGUGACUUGUAUUUUAGUAUUUUUAUGCAGUUGUUAAAGUGCAGUAAACCUUUCAUUCAUACAGAAGAAAUGAGCCACAUUGGGUAUUCCAGUUUUUUUUAUUUUCUAGUUAUAGGUUUAACUUUUAUUUUUAAGUAAACCCAUAUUGUAGAAGUGAAAUACUCUUCAUUUUUAUCACUUGUGAUUAGAUGGAGAUCCAGUACUAUGAUUCAAUAAAAGACAAACCAUUUAACUGGCA